CCUCUCUUCCAGUAAACGAAACAAACCCAAAAUCGAAAGCUGAGAGCUCUCUCUCUUCCAUUGAACCUACUUUCGAAGAGAGCAUUCACUGAUUUUAAAAGAGUUCUAGAAGCGACGACCAAUCUUCUUCAGUUCCCGAGUUUUCUAGAAAGUUAUGGGAGACAGCGAGGCCAUGGUUUCCGAGGGAUAUACUUCUGCUCCAUAUGGAGGAGAUUAUAAUGCUUCUGCUGCUACUGUGGAAUCGACAGGGCAAGAGACUGCACCAGUUGUUGAUUCAUCACACUCGGUCAAUAAUGAUUCUUUGGUCAAUGGGACUGCGCCAGUUGAGAACGGAAAUGCAACAGAUAACGUGGCUGUAACUGCUCCAGCAGCAGAGCAUGGAGACAAUCCUGGCUCUAUUCUUUCACCGGAAGAGGAGCGCUUGUGGAAUAUUGUAAGGGCUAAUUCUUCAGAGUUCAAUGCUUGGACUGCCUUGAUUGAUGAGACGGAGAGGAUAGCGCAGGACAAUAUAACAAAAAUCCGGAAGGUCUAUGAUGCUUUCUUAGCAGAAUUUCCUUUGUGUUAUGGCUAUUGGAAAAAGUUUGCGGAUCAUGAGGCUCGUGUGGGGGCAAUGGACAAAGUCGUAGAGGUUUAUGAAAGAGCAGUGCAGGGAGUUACAUAUUCAGUGGAUAUCUGGCUGCAUUAUUGCACUUUUGCCAUCAAUACAUAUGGAGAUCCAGACACAAUCAGAAGGCUUUUUGAACGAGCUUUGGUUUACGUUGGGACUGAUUUUCUUUCCUCUCCGUUGUGGGACAAAUACAUUGAGUAUGAGUACAUGCAGCAGGACUGGAGCCGAGUUGCCAUGAUUUACACCAGAAUAUUGGAGAAUCCAAUUCAAAAUCUUGAUAGAUAUUUCAGCAGUUUUAAGGAACUAGCUGAAACACGGCCUCUGUCGGAACUAAGGAGUGCUGAGGAAUCCGCAGCUGCUGUUGUUGCUGGUGAUGCUUCUGAAAGUGCACCAUCUGAGUCUGGUGGAAAGGCAGAUGAAGGACGAUCUCAAGCUGAUGGUUCCACCGAACAAUCCCCUAAAUUGGAAAGUGCUAGUUCAACUGAUCCUGAGGAGUUGAAGAAAUAUGUUGGCAUCAGGGAAGCCAUGUACAUAAAAUCCAAAGAGUUCGAAUCUAAAAUCAUUGGUUAUGAAAUGGCUAUAAGGAGGCCCUAUUUCCAUGUGCGUCCUCUGAAUGUUGCAGAGCUAGAGAAUUGGCACAACUAUCUGGAUUUCAUCGAGAGGGAGGGAGACUUCAAUAAGUUAAGUAGUAUCUGGUGCAUCAUAUGCUUGAUUGGGUUUCCAUUGGAUCAAGCAACUUUUAACUGGGAAAUAACUGAGACCAAACCAUGGGCCUCGAUUUGGUGUCUUCCUAACAAUCUGUCUGUGGUCAAGCUGUAUGAAAGAUGUGUGGUUGCCUGUGCAAAUUACCCAGGAUACUGGAUUCGUUAUGUGUCAAAGAUGCAAGCAAGUGGAAGUACGGACCUUGCAGAAAAUGCCCUUGCUCGAGCAACUCAAGUCUUUGUGAAGAAACAACCAGAGAUUCACCUUUUUGCUGCUCGAUUAAGAGAGAAGAAUGGAGAUAUAGCUGGUGCUAGAGCUGCAUACCAAUUAGUGCACUCUGAAAUUUCUCCUGGACUUCUUGAAGCAGUAAUCAAACAUGCAAACAUGGAACACCGACUAGGUAAUCUGGAUGAUGCUUUCUCUUUGUAUGAACAAGUGAUUGCUGUUGAAAAGGGGAAAGAACAUUCCACAAUACUGCCGCUGCUGUAUGCUCAAUAUUCAAGGUUUUCAUACUUGGUUUCCAGGGAUACUGAGAAAGCUAGGAGGAUUAUAGUCGAAGCACUUGACCAUGUACAACCGUCAAAACCUCUCGUGGAAUCACUGAUUCAUUUUGAGACGAUUCAGCCACCACCAAGACAGAUUGAUUACCUUGAGCCACUUGUAGAGAAAGUUAUAAAGCCAGAUGCAGAUGCCCAGAACAUUGCAAGUGCCUCAGAGAGGGAAGAGCUAUCGUUAAUAUAUAUAGAGUUCCUGGGUAUUUUUGGUGAUGUGGAGGCCAUUCAUAAAGCGGAAGAGCAACAUGUUACACUGUUUUUACCUCAUCGGAGCACGUCAGAUCUGAAAAAGCGUAGCGCAGAUGAUUUUCUCUCAUCAGAUAGGACGAAAAUGGCAAAAACUUACAACGGCACUCCACCUGCUCAGCCAGUAUCCAAUGCAUAUCCAAAUACUCAGGCUCAAUGGUCUGGUGGUUAUGCUGCGCAACCUCAGACUUGGCCACCAACACAAACUGCUCCUGCUCAACCGCAGCAAUGGAACCCUGCCUAUGGUCAACAGGCUGCUUAUGGUGCAUAUGGGGGAUAUCCUGCUGGCUAUACUGCUCCACAGGCACCAACACCUGUGCCACAGGCCGCUGCUUAUGGCGCGUAUCCUGCUCAGCCAUACCCAACACAGAGUUAUGCACCUCCAGUUGCAGCUGCAGCACCAGCGACUGCGCCGGUGCAGCAACCGGCUGCUGCUGUUGCUCCUCAAGCUUACUACAAUACAUCAGAGAAGAAUAUGUUGGGUUACAAAUGUCUCCACUGGAACAAUCUUAUAGAUUUACCUCCAUUAAAGGACCCUGAAACCUUCUCUCUUCCUGCUUCCAUUCCCCAUUGGCCUCCAGGUCAAGGCUUUGGCUCUGGAACAAUCAAUCUCGGCAAAUUACAAGUCAUCAAAAUCACGGAUUUCGAAUUUAUAUGGCGAUAUAGAUCCACAGAGAAGAACAAGAGCAUUUCAUUUUACAAACCAAAGGGAUUGUUUCCUAAAGACUUCCAUUGCUUAGGUCAUUACUGUCAAUCUGAUUCUCAUCCUUUGAGAGGUUAUCUUCUUGCGGCAAGAGAUUUGGUAGAUUCAUUAGAACAUGAAGAAAAACCUGCAUUAGUGAAACCUGUUGAUUUUACUCUUGUCUGGAGCUCAAAUGAUUCAGUAGAAGAUGAAUGUAGUAGUAAGAGCGAACGCGGUUACUUCUGGUUACCCCAGCCUCCUGAAGGGUAUAGAUCGAUCGGUUUUGUGGUUACAAAGAGUUCUGUGAAACCUGAGUUGAAUGAAGUUAGAUGUGUUAGAGCUGAUCUUACUGAUAAAUGUGAAACCCACAAUGUCAUUGUCACUGCUGUUUCGGAAUCUUUAGGUGUUCCUUUGUUUAUAUGGAGAACUCGGCCUUCAGACCGCGGCAUGUGGGGCAGAGGUGUCUCUGCGGGCACUUUCUUCUGCAGAACUCGGCUUGUUCCUGCUAGAGAAGAUAUUGGUAUCGGUAUUGCUUGUCUAAAGAAUCUAGAUACUAGUUUACACUCGAUGCCAAAUGUUGAUCAGAUUCAAGCUUUGAUUCAACACUAUGGUCCUACACUAGUCUUCCAUCCUGGUGAAACUUACUUACCUUCUUCUGUUUCGUGGUUCUUCAAGAAUGGUGCAGUUCUCUGCGAGAAGGGAAAUCCGAUCGAUGAACUUAUCAAUGAAAAUGGCUCGAAUUUGCCUCAAGGAGGAAGCAAUGACAAGCAGUUUUGGAUUGAUUUGCCGUGUGAUGAUCAACAAAGAGAUUUCGUCAAGCGAGGAAACCUUGAAAGUUCGAAACUUUACAUUCACAUUAAGCCUGCUCUUGGAGGAACGUUCACGGAUCUUGUCUUCUGGAUCUUCUGUCCUUUUAACGGACCAGCGACCUUAAAACUAGGACUUGUCGAUGUCUCAUUGAUCAGCAUCGGCCAACACGUCUGCGAUUGGGAACAUUUCACUCUCCGGAUCAGCAAUUUCUUAGGUGAGCUUUACUCAAUCUACUUCUCUCAACACAGUGGCGGCGAGUGGUUUGAAGCUUACAACCUUGAAUUCAUUCCCGGAAGCAACAAAGCCGUUGUUUACUCUUCGAAACAUGGUCACGCAAGCUUUCCUAAGGCUGGGACUUACUUACAGGGAUCAACAAUGCUUGGUAUUGGGAUAAGAAACGACACUGCACGUAGUGAACUCUUCGUAGAUUCGAGCUCACGGUACGAGAUCAUUGCGGCAGAGUAUCUAGGCGGCAACGGUGUGGUGGCAGAACCGCCAUGGCUGCAGUAUAUGAGAGAAUGGGGACCAAAGGUUGUGUACGAUUCAAGAGAAGAGAUAGAAAGAUUGGUGAAUCGAUUUCCGAGGACGGUUAGGGUUUCGCUUGCCACAGUGCUGAGAAAACUUCCGGUGGAGUUAUCCGGCGAGGAAGGUCCAACGGGACCGAAGGAGAAGAACAAUUGUGGGUCGGUGAUGAUCGGACUACCAGCUGAAGAAGACGAAAACGCCACACUUUCGUCGGAGGAUUCUUCUUGCCCCGACGAGUCUGUGUCAGAUACAGAGCUCGACCUUGCUUUGGGUCUUAGCAUUGGUCUCAAAGGUCGUCGGAAGGUUCGAUCUUCUUUGUCUUCCUCGUCUUCUUCUCUGACCAGGGAAAGUGGGACCAAACGCUCUGCUGAUUCUUCUUCUGCGGCUGCCUCAAACGCAACGAGACAAGCUGCCGUAGGUUGGCCGCCUCUACGGACUUACAGAAUCAACAGUUUGGUCAAUCAAGCAAAGUCAUUAGCUACUGAAGGUGGCUUGAGUUCUGACAUUCAAAAGGACACAAUAAAAAACGGCGUUGUGGCUGCGAAGAACGAUGAUGUUUGCUUUAUCAAAUCUACCAGGACUUCUAUGCUUGUGAAGGUGACAAUGGACGGAGUUAUAAUUGGAAGGAAGGUUGAUCUCAAUGCUCUGGAUUCUUAUGCAGCCUUGGAGAAAACUUUGGAACAAAUGUUUUUCCAGAUUCCUUCUCCUGUUACAAAAUCAAACACACAAGGAUGCAAGACAAUCAAGGAAACACGUGCUUCGGUAUUGCUGGAUGGCUCAUCGGAAUAUAUCAUAACAUAUCAAGAUAAAGACGGAGAUUGGAUGCUUGUAGGAGAUGUUCCUUGGCAGAUGUUCCUUGGGUCCGUGAAAAGACUGAGAAUCAUGAAGCAUUCAAAUGAAACUGGAGUAGGUAAGUAGAGAUUCCUAUAUAGCAAAAAACAUCAAUGCCCCUCAUUUUACAUCUCUUUGGUUUGUAACUCAUAUAUCACGUUCACAUGUAAACAUGUGCAUAUGUUUAUACACGAGUGUACAUAUGUCUUGUGGUCGUUUGUGUAUGUUAAACAACAGCUUAACCUCCUGUUUAAAGAUCUUUGUAUAUUUAGGGUUUAUCACUCUAUUGGUACCUGAUCCAAUAUACCACUAAAACAACA